AUGGCCCCGCAGAAACUGUUAGGUCUCGUCCCAUCACAGAAGCUGCAGCAAUGGUCCACUCCAGCACAGAUACCAUCUCUGCCUACCUCCAAAGGGCCUCGGUGCAAAGUGACCACAUUCACCUUCACUCAGCCAGAUGAACCCUUCCGGGGCUCCAGCACAGCGACAGUCGACGGAAUCAACAAUGACGAGGACGAGGAUGAGGACGAGGACGAUGAAUUCGACGAUUACUCAACCAGUCUCCUCUACUACGAAGGCUCUUUCUACACCAAAUACAUCAGUCCCACCCUAGGCACCGGCCUCUUCAUCGACGAAGCCAUUCCAGCAGGCAGCGCCAUCGUCGCCGAACGCGUCCUCUGGAUCAGCGAGGCCGAACAAGACACCUGCACGACCACAGCAGACGCCACGCUCCUCCUCACCCGCAAGCUCGAAGCCAUGGGCAAAAAAUGGACCGCCCGCUUCAUCGCCCUGUCCCAAGACUCCGACCGCAACAGCGACAACAGCGGCAACGCCCUCGGCGAGAUCUGGGACACCCACAACAUCUCCACAGUCUGGAACUCCAAACGCGGCGCCAUCCUAGGCCCCAACCUCGCCUGGAUCAACCACUCCUGCAUCCCCAACUGCACCCUCACCAUAACCCACCGCUACCCAUGCGGAAAAGACGGCCGACGCAAGCCCCACGCCAAGCCCCUCAUAGGCCGCGCCAUCCUCCGCGCAGCGAAAGACAUUCCACGCGGUGCGGAGCUCACAAUCGGGUACUUCCAUCCGGCAGGCUGCGUCGCCUUCCGCGGCAUAAACUGCUACCUGCGGUUCGGGUUCCACUGCGCCUGCCACUGCUGCACGCAGCUGCACUCCGAGCUGGAAGAAACCCUAGAGGGCACCCACCGGCUCGGACUGCUCCUGCAGACGCCCGACCUCGUCACAACCUGGCCGGCUGGCUUCUUCCAAGUCGCCCACGACCUCGAGUACUGCAUCGCGAGCGUCACACCCUACGAUAUCCGGCUUGCCCUGACGUGGGCUAAGUGCGCCCUUGUCGCGGGCUACCACUCUGACUUGGCGCGCGCGAUCUGCUUCCUCCGGAAGGCGAGACGGCUGGCUAUGCUGAUUGAGGGCCCCGUGGGUAAGUUCUAUGAUCAGCUGAUGAGGUGGAGUCAGUCUCCUGAGCUGAUGCCUGGGUUUGGCGCUUCCACUCGCGGGUUGUCUUCUUUUGCGGAGUCUGAUGCGGUUGUUGAUGAUGGCGUCGAAGAUGAGAAUGUUCUCUACAUGACUGACGCGAAGAGUCUAUCGGAGUAUAUCCGCGUGUCGCAGUACGAGCGGAUCCAGACGAAGGGGGCCGACGAUGACGACAAAGAAGAGGAGGAGGAGCAGGACGAUGGAAAGAAGAAGCACACCCAUCGUCCCAAGUGGAGAAUCCUACCUGGAGUCGACGACGGAAAGGCGGGAAAGAAACAUCGAUCGAGACAGCCCGUGAACAUGGUUCUGCGCCUGAAGAGGAAGCUCUUCCGCGAACGAUGCGACAGCGAAAAUAUGCAGAUGGAGUUUCUGGAUUCGUACUUGCUGACCGUGGUUGGUGUUCUCAAGGAUUCGCCGGAUCUGAAGCGCUCGUUGGGGAGGAAGAAGGGGAUGGGUGAGGCGUAG